GUAUGUAUUGAGUGGUCGUAUGUGUUAUGAAUGGCUGCGAGAAAAUGAUAGCCAAAUGUUUUUCAAUUAUUUUGUGUCUUCAGUACACUAUUUGAGUGAUUGGUGUCUCGAAAUCAAAUACAUUACUCUUUUAGUGAACUAUUCAAGUGUUAUAUAAACGCAUUGAAAGGCAAUAACAUUGCAAACAAUAGCACACACUUUGAGGCCAACCCAUCUAUAUAUCAAUCGCCAACUUCUUGUGGUGUGUUGUGUUUACCAUUGAGUUGUAUGGUGUGUCUGAUCCGUGAGCUCACGAGUAUGCGUUCACACCAUCUGUUUGUCUGGUGACAAGAGUGAGAGACAACUAGUGGUCUGAUUGUUGUUGUGGUUAGCGGUGGUCGACACCCGUGUAUUGGCCGCUCUCUCACACACCCGACGACACACUCUCUGCCCGUCCGGACGCCCACUUCUGACCACCGAUGGACUCGCAGUCGAUCAUCACUCAGACCGUGAGAGAUGAGGCCAAAGACUCGUCUGAAGGCAUACAUGAUUACAGAGCGGACUCUCAGACAGAUACAGCCUUCAGGAUAAUCAAAAAGCCUAAACACAAGAGUAUAUUGAAUACACUGUUGUGCUGUUUUCGGCCAAAUUAUAACCAAAACAACUCAUUACACUCUGAAGAAAAUGGACAAUAUUUUCCUAAGUCACAGGGAAAGUAUUUGUUGCCUAACCUUAAAAGUCAAGACUCGCAUAAAAUUUGUUUAGUUAUCGAUUUGGACGAGACGUUAGUCCACUCUUCAUUCAAACCCAUAAGUAACGCCGAUUUCAUAGUUCCUGUUGAGAUCGACGGCACUAUACAUCAGGUGUAUGUCCUUAAGAGGCCGUAUGUCGACGAGUUCUUACAGCGUAUGGGAGAGCUCUACGAAUGUGUCUUAUUUACGGCCAGUUUAGCUAAGUACGCCGAUCCGGUCGCCGAUCUCUUAGACAAAUGGGGAGUAUUCAAGAGUCGACUCUUCAGGGAGUCGUGUGUUUUUUAUAGAGGAAAUUAUGUUAAGGAUUUGGGUCGACUCGGAAGGGAUCUAAACAAAGUGGUUAUUGUAGACAACUCUCCCGCCUCUUAUAUCUUCCAUCCCGACAAUGCUGUGCCGGUCGCCUCAUGGUUUGACGACAUGACUGACACGGAGUUAAGCGAUUUGAUCCCAUUCUUCGAGCGGUUAAGCAAUAAAGAAAAUGUGUAUUCAGUGUUGCGAAACGCGAACCAGAGUGCGAACCCGUCGGCGACUAACUCUCCCCCGACCAACAACUGGCAGCAACUGAUGGACUCGAACAACAGGGCGCCCAUCAAUUUAGUGAACAAUCUGUCGUCGGCGCCAUCUCUGCACCAACCCAUCCAUCAGCUCCAGAACGGAUCCACACAAACCUCUUAAUAGUUAUUAUUGCAAACACUAUAUGAUUGUGUUUUUACGAAA